GAAACCAUUAAGCGUGUGGAAUCAUUGUCCUAAAAUCUAAUAAGUAAAUUAUGAAUGAGAAGAUUGGUCUAUGGUUCGGGGAACCGAUAGCAUCCACUCUUGUGGCAAAAGCCGUGACAACAGAAUCUUCUUAAGCGGAGAAGGAAGUACUUUGGCCGGUAGCCUAAUUCUCCUUUCGAACUACGGGAUUCGGGUUGGAUAUGGUGAUAAGCCAAGCCUAAAACUCCCGUCGCUUAACCCGGUGAAGAAGAGCUUCCAAUCGAAUAUGCUUAACACACCCAACUUCGGUGGCCUGGAGUCUUCUACGGGGGCAUUUUUCGUCACUUUAUCUAUCUAUGUCCUCACCGCAGCUACCCUCGCUCCAGUUAUUGGGGCCUGUGCUCCUUCUUCAGGAAGAGCAGCAAAGGCGAAGAGCGGGUACGACCUUUCUGCUUAUUUCCCCUUCCACCUUGAUAUAGACGAAUGCCCCUUCCUAUUCUACCAACAUAGCCGAGGGCUUAGUCACUCUUCUCUAUUCGCAUGUCGUCCAGACCUGUGGGAAAUGCCGGACUUCCCCUCUGAGGCUAAUGCCCUACUAGUUGAACUGCUUAAAAGACCGCCAGGAGGAAAGGACUUGCUUAUUUGCUCUCCGGCCAAGGGAAAGACUAGUUCAGUCGGAUGCCGCCUGACUUUCUGUCUUCUGCUCUUCGACCUGGUCCGCUUAAAAGGGGAUGUCUCAUCUGACCAUAAGCCUCGUUCGCCUCCUUCACUCGCUCCGAAUGAGCAAGAGAAUUCCAUCGCGAGCAACUUUUUUAAUUGGGCCUUGGCUUUAGAGAUGAUGUCAGAGGAAAGGAUGUCUGUGGAGGAAGCGGUGGAAGAACUCUGCUGCUCAGCAAGGCUUCCUAAGGCUGAAGCUACUUCAGCAAAGAAGAAAGACAGAUUAGGGCUCGUUCCGAAAGAGAUAUAUGUGGAGCGCUUCCAGUCCCUCCCAAAAGGGACUUACGCCGGCUUCGGUCAGCAGAGUAACCCUCCACUCUGCCAUGUAAAAGACGGCUUCGUAUACCCCUAAUUCAGCCAUUAGUGUGACUUAUGGGGGCUCCUCGUAGAAAGCUUAGCGGUUAAUAAUCGAAUAAGUAAUCCAAUCUCCCUCACGCUCUUUAGUUCAUCUCGGUAGAACAAGGAAAAAGCCUAUGUGGUGGGUUCGUCUCCCACAGGAGAGCACAUUAAUUACCAAUCAGCUGCUUUUCAUUCAAGGAAGGGCAUGAUUUUAUCUACUAGGAUAUUAUUUCGCGGUCCUGAUUGAAUGAAUUCACUAUUUCAUU